AUGCAGACAGUAAGAAGCAACAGCAGCAGCAGCAGAAGCAGCAGCAGCAGCAGCAGCAGCAGCAACGGGAGUGUGAAGCCUUCUUGUUUUGUCCUUGUAGAUGUUGUGGAGGUUUGCUUUGAACAGUCUGACUACGUAGGGCACAACAUUGAAGAGAAUGAGACAGGAGAAGUAUCUUCACCGGGCUGCAUCUCAGUGAACUCCAUAUACACCGGGAUGCCUCUUCAGACAACCGAGGCUGAUGACUUUUUGAGUUGCAGCGCUAAAUGCGCUUCAAACCCUUUCUGUACUGCGUGGACUUACCACGGAGACAUGCGUCUCUGUGCAUUAACAUCUGGAGACCCUUCACUGUCUCCUAAGCCUAUUCGCGGUGCUGUCUCCGCUCGAAGAAACUGCUUCACUCAGGAUGAAGAAGAGCAAAGCUGCUUCGAUGAGGGCAUCCAGUAUAGCCUUGAUGAUGUGCAGCACAAGAUCUCCACAGCAGGCUCUGCCUUUGAGUGUUAUUUACAAUGUCAGAAGGAAGAGUACUGCAUGCGGUGGACGCUCAAAGGAGGAGACACAUGCUUCUUAAUGAAGAGCAGCAGCGGCAGUGUGGUCUGCAGCUAUCCUGAGGAGACAGUUGUAGGAACUGUCUCCUUAACAUCUGUAGAUGAGUGUGCAUAUGAAUGUGCAUCAAACCGGCUAUGCCGUGCUUGGUCUGCUGUAGUAGAGGAGACAACAGCAACAAAACCGCCGCAGCAACAAGUCAGCAGCAGCAGCAGCAGCAGCAGCAGCACAACAGCAACAGAUCCAGAAGUGCUUUGUCAGCUGCAUGCAGAUGAUAGCUCUCCUUCUUUCUCUUGGGCUCCCCAGUCCUUCUGCGGUACUGCGCUUAACCCUAAGACACUGCGUGUAGGAAAGAUAUACUCUAUUGUUGAUGGAGACAAGGUCUUUAGCCGAAGCAGGCCUAUCUCUGAGUGUCCAUCACUAUGUGCAGCAGAACCUGAUUGUAUGGGCUGGCAUUACGUAGUAGGAGAAGGCUGCGUAGGGGCUCCUUCAAUAGAUAUUGAAGAAGAGCACCCUUCAGGGGAGUUCCUACUCGGCCACAAGUACAGGGGAGACCCAGUAGCAUCAUAUCCUGCUGCUGAGCCUCCAACAGCAGCAGCAGCAGCAGCAGGGGCUGCGAAGAAAGGAGACAAUUUGGAGACAGACCCCACAACCCCAAUGGAGUGUGCAGCACGUGCAGCAGCAAAUCAGUGCUGGAGUUUUAAUACUGCGACACAUAACUGCCUAAUAUUUGAGCAGUGCGAGGAGACAGAUGAAGCAGAAGAGUUUGUAUCUGGAUACAUCCCUUCUAACGAGGAUACAGCAGGUGCUGCUUCACCACCACUGAGGCCUGGAGACACUACAGAUCCUGGCUCUCUUGAAGAGGUUCGUCGCACAGCAGACAAUGCUCAACAAGAGUAA